GUCCCACCCCCAUCACAUCUUAAACUUUAAGAUUUCGAAAAACGUAAGGAUACAAAAAAUAUCACAUAGGCAAAGAGGAACGAAGAAGAGAGCCCAUCCGCUACACCUGAAAAAACCCAGCCAUUUCUAGCUUCGGCAGAUAGCAGCAGAAGCAGAAAAAACCCCGGGGAUAAAGAAAUGGAUGAUUAUACAAGAGAAAUGAUGGACCUCAAAACCCUCGUCACUCGAACCCUAGAGAAGAAAGGCGUCCUCGCCAAGAUCCGAGCUGAGCUUAGAGCAAGCGUUUUUGAGGCAAUAGAAGAGGAGGAUAGGACCAUUGAAAAAGACGAAGGCUUGCCUCCUGCACUAUUGGGUAGCUGCAAUGAGCGCGCGAAGCAACUCCAUAAUUCCCCUUCAGGAAAGCUGCUAACUGCAUUGAUAUGUGAAUAUUUUGACUGGGCUCAAUUAAACCACACACUUAAAGUGUAUUUACCAGAGUGUAAUUUGCAAAAGGAUUCUUGGAAAUCAGAGCUAAAAGAAUUUAGCAACAAAAAUGGAUACGAUCUUAACAGGAAUGGGGAUAGUGGUCCAUUGCUUUUGGAUGUUCUCGAAGGGUUCUUGAAGUAUGAGAACUUAUCUCAAGGAAGGGGUGCUGUGAGGAGAUUGACAACACCAGAUUCUCUUCCCAAUUUAGAAACAAGGAGCAUGAGGAGGCCUCCUUCAUCUUCAGUUGCCGGGGGUUUACCUCCAUUGGGAAGGCCAGGUCCUGCGGCCCAGUCAUCUGAUAGAAGAGGAGGUUCGUCGGUAUCUGGAUACAGGAAGGAUGAAUACAACUGGAGAUAUGACAAUGAUGAACUUGCAGAAGAUGUAAGUCGUGCUUCAUCUGCCUUAGAAAACCUUCAGCUGGACAGAAAAGCUCGGAACCUUACCACUUCCUGGCGGUCUUGCAUUGUGCGUCUGGCCUCUUCCAACAUUUAAAUGGAGGAUAGCAUUUUUUUGCCAUAGUGCUGACAAGGCAUGGAGGAGAUGGAAUGUCUGAGGAAGAUGACAGGGUAGAGUAGGUGUAGCUAAAUGGUCUCCAAAUUACUAAUGUGGAAAUUGAUGUUAUCUUAAACCGUUGAAAUGUUAUGUUGUGUAUUGGCCUGUGAUGUUGCACAUGAUUGAAAUACUGUAUAUUGCUUUUAGUAAAUUGGUAUGAGCUUUUUUCCUUU